AUGGCACUCUUAGUGGAGACGUCUCGAGUAGGGUUUACCCCUCGAGACUUCAGCGGUGUAUACGAAGACACUUGCCCAGGACUUAACGGUAUAUACGCCGACACUGACUGCCUCAUCACUGAGCACGACUUCGAGCCCAGUCAUGAUGCCCGAGCUUUACUGUCCUGUCAUUUUGUGGAAGGAAGUGGCUCCCCUUCCCAUGUCAAGACCGAGACUCCCGGUAGUAUCCAAGAAGGUGGGGAACGGGGAUCAUGUCUAGCUGUCGCAUUUGGAAGUGUCAUGGAUAAGCCUAACUUGAGCACUGUCGCGGUGAUCGGAGACGGGGAAAGCGAGACUGGUCCUACUGCCAUUGCAUGUCAUGCUCACAAGUUCCUCGAUCCUGCUGAGAGUGGAGCAGUACUUCCCAUCCUUCAUGUAAACGGCUACAAGAUAGGAGAAAGAACCAUUCCCGGGACCAUGGAUGAUCUCGAGCUCGCUUGCCUGGACACCGGCUAUGGAUAUCAAGUGAGGAUAGUCGAAUAUGGUGCGAUACCCCAUGGUUCGGACCAUGAACAUGACGUGGCUGUCAAUUACGACAUGGCAGUAUCGAUGCAAUGGGCUUUGGACGAGAUCAAGAGGAUCCAAAAUGCCUCUCGGUCAGGUAACCCCAUCGUGAAGCCCAGAUGGCCCAUGAUCAUUAUGCGCACUCCGAAGGGAUGGACCGGCCCCAGAAUCAAGACACAUCCGAUCGAAGGAAGCUGGAGAGCUCAUCAGGUGCCUCUGGCAGACCCAUUGAAUGACAAACAAGAGUUUGAUUCGCUUGUUCAGUGGCUCAAGUCAUAUCACCCCGAGAUACUCUUCCAUUCCGAGGUGGACUCUUCUCAUUCAAAAGCCCAUGUCCCGGAGCAGAAAGCGGAUGGGAUCAUCGAUGUUAAAGCAACUCGGAUCAUACCUAAAAAUCUCAAGCGUCGUAUGGGCUCUGUCGACAUAACCUACCGUGGUAUCACAGAUCUCAAAACUCCGGAAUGGAAAACAUUCGAAACAAAGCCUGGAGAAACCAUCUCCAACUUGAAGGCUGUCGGUCAAUAUGUCGCCAAAGUUGUCGAGCUCAAUCCUUCGAAUUUCCGAAUUUUCUCGCCCGACGAAUUGAGCAGUAACAAGCUUGAUGAGAGUCUCAAAGUCACCCAUCGUAAUUUCCAAUGGGACCCGGAAACCGCAAACAACGGUGGUCGAGUGAUCGAGAUGCUUUCGGAACAUACAUUACAAGGGUGGAUGCAAGGUUACACAUUGACUGGGCGACACGCCCUCUUCCCGUCUUACGAGAGCUUCCUGGGCAUCGUACAGACUAUGAUUGAGCAAUAUGCCAAAUUCGUUAAGAUGGGCCUUGAGACCAAAUGGCGGGGAGACACUCCAGGUCUGACCUAUAUCAUGACCAGUACUCUUUGGCGUCAAGAGCAUAACGGAUAUUCACACCAAAAUCCGGGGCUCAUUGGCUCAUUCAUCUCUUUACCUCGUAACUUGGCCAGAAUCUACUUUCCCGCCGAUGCGAACACCAGUGUCUGCACCAUUGACCAUUGUCUACGGGCGAAAAACAACAUCAGCUUGAUCGUGGGAUCCAAAAAUCCGACUUUAUCAUGGUUAUCUGUUGAGGAGGCUGAACGACACUGUAUCGCAGGUGCAUCCGUGUGGACCAAUUACUCCUCUGACGGAGGUGUCAAUCCGGAUGUCGUACUCGUCGGUUGUGGAGUCGAAGUGACGUUUGAGACCAUCGCUGCCGCCGCUCUCCUCCGUAACGCAGGCAUUCGAGUUCGGGUUGUGAACGUCAACGAUCUUCUCGUUUUAGGUGCUAAAGGUGGUCACCCUCACGCCUUGACCGAAGAAUCUUUCGAAAGCAUCUUCACAGUGGACAAACCGGUCAUUAUCACUUUCCAUGGGUAUCCAAAAGACAUUGCCAGUUUGUUAUUCAGUCGAAAGUCCCACGUUGGUAGAUCGAGAUUUGACAUUCUAGGUUAUAUCGAGCAAGGUACUACCACCACACCUUGGUCCAUGCUUCGGCUUAAUGACGUAUCGCGGUAUACAAUCGCCAGCACGGCUGUACUACGAGUUGCGAGAAUGCAACCGAACCAUCAAGUGACAGUGAAGGCACAUGAAUGGGGAAGUUAUUGGAGACAUCAGUUGGUACAGCAUGAUAAGUAUGUGGUGGAGCAUGGUGAGGAUCCAGAGUGGUGCGGUCAGAUUCCACAGUUGGUGGGAGAUGCGGCGUAA